GUCUCCUGCCGAGCCCCUGAGCCCCGCCCCGCUCAGAGCGGCGUGGGGAGGGGGCGGGGCAGCUGCCUCCGCUCGGCGUGGAGCUCACAGCCCCGCCCCCUCCCCACGCGGCUCUGAGCGGGACGAAGCUCAGGCCCCUCCAGAGACGCGCUCCGGGAUAGAAGGUCUUGUCACCUGCAUGUGUACAAAAACUGCACGUCAGUUUGAAAUCCUCACAUGAUCUGCACUCGGCAAAAAGACCUCAGGUUGAUACAGAAUUGUUCUUCCUCUGAGAAAUAUUAUAAGAAAUUUCCUUCAGGGAGUAGGUCCCAGAAGACAGUGAGUGAAAUAACAACACCUCAGUUUCCUUCAACACAUUUUGCGCUUGUAGCUAGGCAAUAGAACUACUCUUCAUAAACAAGAUGAUCUAUUCUGAGAAUAACCCGGGAGAGAACCGGACCAUCUCUGAUGUAUUCAUCCUGGUGGGGUUUUCAAACCUUAAGAAGCUACAAAUCAUUCUCUUUCUGGGGCUUCUGGUCACCUACCUGGUCGCCCUGAUAGGGAAUCUCCUUGUUAUCCUCCUUAUAAAGCUAAACCCCUCACUCCACACCCCCAUGUAUUUCUUUCUGGUGAACUUGUCAAUCUUGGAAAUCUGCUACACCAGCAGUGUGGUCCCUCAGCUGCUGAUUCAUCUCUUGGUGGACCAAAAGACCAUCACCAUUGCAGGCUGCGCUGCCCAGAUGUAUGUCAUCACCAUCAUGGGCCUGACAGAAUGCUGCCUCCUCGCAGUCAUGGCAUAUGACUGUUACGUGGCCAUAUGUCACCCCCUGCACUACAGAACUAUCAUGAGUGGCCGGGCAUGUGCACAGCUCGCGGGUGCUUCAUGGAUCAUAGGCAUCUCAGUGGAAGUAGCUCAGACCACGUGGAUAUUCAGCCUGCCCUUCUGUGGCUCCAACCGCAUCCACCAUUUCUUCUGCGACAUCCCACCGGUGUUGAAGAUGGCAUGUACGGACACAUCCAAAAACGAGAUUAUGGUCUUGACUGUGUCAGUUCUGUUCAUCGUGGGCCCUUUUUUAUUGAUAAUCCUGUCCUUUAUCUGCAUUAUUUCCACAAUCCUCAUGCUGCCAUCGGUGGAGGGAAGGAAUAAAGCCUUUUCCACCUGUUCCUCCCAUGUCAUGGUGGUGACUUUAUUCUAUGGAAUGGCUCUUAUCACUUACCUGGGGCUCAAGUCUAUCUCCACCUCAGAGAGUGAUCAAAUGAUUUCCCUCAUGAACACAAUUGUGGGACCAGUGUUGAACCCCAUAAUAUACACUCUGAGAAACAAAGAUGUGAAAGGAGCCUUUAAAAAAACAGUACAGAAGAGCCUCUUUUCACACAAUCUGAGAAAACAGAGAAUCAAAGAUGGAGUUAAUUAAAACAGGGGAAUGAGGGAAAUUCAUAAACAAUUUGUUGAAUUACUCCCGAUGACCCUCACUUUUUUAAUUGGAAUUUUGUCAUUUGAAAAACUUUGACCUGUUGUAAACCUGUUGGGAAAAAGGGAAUAGAAACUUUUCUUACCAAAAAUAACUGAAAUUUUAAAUAUUUAAAUUUUAAUGAAAAUUUGAUAGAACCUUUUCACCAGAUUUAAACUUCAAAUGAGAAAAUGUAGUCCAAGUAGUGUCUUGAUUUUAUAUCUUCAAGAUUUGAAAUGUUAAAGCAAAAAAUAAGCUCACAAUGAGAAACAUUUCAUGAACCGUUGAACUUGGUUUGUGCAAAUUUAACAAUUUUCAUCAAAAUUUUAAUACUUGAAAAAUUCCAACUUGCUCUACAGAAAAGUCCAUUUAGGCUUCUCCUUUUUCUGCUCUGUCAGUCCAGUGCAGCAUUUUAGGUUUUGAGUUGGGUUGGAUUAGGUUUUUUUGGCCUGUCUCUUGAUUGCAUUUCCCCAGUGCUCCCUCUGGUCUAAUUUUAAAUAACAUCCCUCAACACUUUUGAAUGGCUUCCUAUGUAUGACUCUCAUGGAUCUUUCAAUGCCUAACAUGAUCAGGUCAAACAACAACUCGAGGAGCUGGCUCUUGACUUCUAUGGCAUUUUGCACAGGUUCAGAGCCUAUGCUAGCAGAUCAUGGUGCAUACCAUAGAUUCACUGAUUAAAAGGCCAUAGGGGACCAUUUUCAUCAUCUAGUUUGUCAUCCUGCUUAACACAGGGCAGAGAAUUUCAGCCUGGUGAUUCCUGAGUCAGAGAAGCACUGUACAUAUUUUAUAUUACAUAUGUAAAAUAAUAGCUGUGAUAUAAACUCAUGUAAUUAUAAGUGGUUUGAUCAAUGUAUAACAAUAUUACACCAAAUGCCUGUGUAUAUGGUACAUCUUUGUGUAACUAUAUGAUAAAAUACAUUUGUAUAUUCUUAUGCAUUUUUAAGAUGCACUGGCAGUAUGUCUUGGCUUUUAUUAUUUCUCUUUGAUAUAAUUUGCUGAUUUGUUUAAAAUGAUAUUGUUAAGAAGAUAAGUAAUGUGUCAUGUUGAAGAUGUAAGUGAGAGUUACAUACAUGUAUUGAUAAACAAAAAAUUCCCUUUCUCUGAGAAACCUAGAAACAGAGUGGCCUAGGGCAACAUGUCCCAGAAACUACAAAUUCAGCAGGAAAAUUGUAGGAAUUAGGUUAUUAACACUUGUGCAUGCAUAAUAUAUAGGGUAUGUAAAAGUCAAUGGAUAAUGUGCUGGAUAAAGAUUGGGGGCAAUUGAGAAUGGCAACAUGUAUGAGAACACAUAUGAAAAUGAGCCCAACCCUGGAGAAAAGCUGGACUAGAAACUGACCAUUGAGACUGAAGGACCAGACCAGGAGAUCCAGGGAGGUGAUGACCAUCAUGGAAGAAGGAAGGACUUGUUAAUGGGAUGUGGUAACUUGGGCCCAUUUACCUAUUGUGUCUGGUCUGUUAUUACUUCUCAGGCAGAACAUUAUGUCCAGACACUAUAGGUGACACUAAUUCUGUCUGAAAUUGUAUUCAAUAAAGCAAAAUUGAUUAAACCUAAA